ACUCAUCGCAGUGCAAGAAAACAAGUGGUUUAUCAAACGCAACACGUGACUCAUGAGUAUUCAAAGUAUUACGCAAAAUAACUCUGCUAUGUUUUCUAUUUUAAAGUGUUUUGCAUCGUUGUCAUUUUUGCGUUGGUUCUCUAAACUGAAAAUAAUCGGUAAUCGAACGCGGAAAUAAUGACGACAGACAGCAGUGCGAGCGCGUGCCUUUUACGUAAGCUGGAGCGGCGCUUCUGCACUUAACAUCUGAAACGAAACCUAAAGAGUGAAAGACUGGAGCGCCUUCAUCCACAGACUUUUGAGCGCACGAGCUGAGUGCUCGACUCCAGGAAGAUCACCAUGGAGGAAUAUCCUUAUCCCGUCUUCGUGGAGGGAGAUUGGUCAUCUAUAAACGCGAAAACACUCCAAACUAAAUUGCAUGUUUAUUUCCAGAGCAAAAAGAAGUCUCAGGGAGGAGACUGCGUCAUCAAAUGGUCCGAGCGGAGAUGCACGGUCUUCUUCAGGUCAGAAAAAACUCGAGAUCGGUUUCUCUCGAAAAGAGGCCAUGCAGUAACCAUUGAGAAUCAAGUCGUGAAACUGAAGGUGUCCAAACCAUCCAGUGAUUCGGGGAGUCACACAGAUGAGGCUCAGAAAUCAACUGAAACAGGAAGUGAUGUAGCAACUGAAUUUCUUCAACCAGUUCCUGCUGUGCAGAGAACCUGUAGUGUGCGAGUGGAUGAUGUACCUGCUGAUGCUGUCACCAAUAAGCAACUUCUAGAGCUGUACUUUGAGACAUGGGGUGGAGCUGUAGAGAAAAUCAUCACAAAUCCAGAGCAGAAAACAGUUAUUAUAAUUUUCCAGUCACAAGAUGCUGUACAAAGAAUUUUGGACAAGACCGAUCACAGUAUCUGCAAAGUGCCAGUCACCAUACAGCCAUACUUUGGUCUUGAUGAGAAUGAAAUCAGCAAGGGUCUGGAAGACACUCCACAGUCCAGUGCUGUGGUCAUUGAGAAAGUCCCAGACCAUCUUUCCAGAGAGUUCCUCAUGUUUUUAGUGGACAGUAUCUGUGGUGCAUCUGAAGAUAAAUAUUCUUUGGAAUUAAUUCCAGAAUCCAACACUGCUGUUGUAACCUUUAAUGAUGCCAAAGCUGCUGAGAAGUUUCUACUAGAGUGCCAGACAAAGAAAAGGUUCCAGGACCAUGGUCUCAUGGCUCGGUCUCUGGAAAUAAGUAGAAGUAUUAAGGUGGAAAACCUUCCUGCUGAGUGUGCUAAUGAUUUUCUAGAACUUUAUUUUGAUAAGUGGGGUGGAGCAGUGGAGAAACUCGACACAAUACCAGAUGAGCAGGCUGCCAUCGUCACCUUUCAUGAUCAAGAGGCUGUGAAGAAACUUAUUGAGAAGAAACUGUGUAUUAGCAAUAAUCCAAUCAAUAUAUACCCAUAUUACACCUCUUUGGGUUCCGCCUUGUACGGCAAAGACAGAGCAACAUGGACCCUGCCCAAACCAUUUACAGAUAAGAUCCAUCCUGCCAUCAGAGAAUUCCUCCAGAAGAAGGGACAGAUCUCCUCAAUCUGUAAUCAGAUGAGCUCACACUUCUGCCAAGUGAACAUGGACAACGAUGACGUCCUGUUCAGUCCUCUUCCUGCCCUGCUCAGACAAAAGGGUAUAACCAAAAAGCACAUAGACAACUGGAAGCAAGACAACAUAGAUGCUUUCAAAAACAUCCUCUCCAGCUUUGGUGUUUUUGAGUAUGCGGUGAUCCCUUCAGUAUGGACUGCAGUAGAGAAAGACAUCCGGUCAGUUGUAAAAGACAAAGCUGUCCUGGAGGUGGAUUUCUCGACAGGAUGCCUGACUCUGGCAGGAAUGGCCAACGAUAUUAACAUGUUGAAACCGAUAUUGGAGAAAGUUUUAAAGGAAGCAUUAAGUCAGAUGGAGAGGGAAAAGAACAAGACUUCUGAGAGCAUUAUUAUGUCCCCUGGCAUAUUCUUCUUAUUUCAGCAAGAGGGACUGCAACACAGUGCUUCAGCCAAAUAUCCACAGCUGGAACUGAUGUACAAAAAAGACACCAAUCAGUUAACGUUAACUGGGCUUCCUGUGGAAAUUCUUCACAUCAAGAAUAUGAUCUUAGAGAGGCAAUUGUGCAUGAAAGAGAAGAUCCUGAAAAUGGACUCUUCAUUACUGGAGUUCUUGAGAUCUGUGGACUCUGAGGAAAUGUCAGGAGAUCUGUUCAUAUCCAAGCGAAUUUGUGCAGUCUACAGAUUUGAAAAUGGGAACAUUGUUUUGACCGCAAGUACGGACAAAGCAUUGGCUGAGGCUGAAGAGAAGCUUUAUACAACACUGACAUUCCAGAGCCUUUCUGUAGAAGACCAAGAUCUGCUUGGUUACCCAGAAUGGCAAGAUCUCACUAAUGAGCUGUAUGGUACAUACAACUUAUCCAGGAAGAAAACAGUGCUCAUAAAAUCCUCGGAGGACAGGAACACAGUUGUGGUUUGUGGCUUUAAAGAACCUGUCACAGAGGUCAGCAAGAGUCUGGAGCAAUUGAUAAAUUCCCACGAUGCUAAGACUGAAACAGGAAGUGACUUAGCAGCUGUCUUACUGCCACCAGAUGAGACCCAGGAUGAAUCCAAAGCUGUGGUUCUGGAGAAAAUGCCGGAGAACUUUACCAGAGAGGUCCUUAUGAUUUUAGUGGACAGUAUCUGUGGUCUUUCUGACAAUGAAUAUUUCUUGGAGUUAAUUUCAGAAUCAAACACUGCUGUUGUGACCUUUAAUGACCCCAGUGCUGCAGAAACGUUCUUCAUAAAGUGCAGGAGUAAAGAAAAGUAUAAAGAUUAUGGACUCACAGCUCGGGCUCUGGAGAAAAGUAAAAGUGUUAAGGUGGAAAACCUGCCGGCUCAGUGCCCUGAGGACUUGCUAGAACUAUACUUUGAUAAGUGGGGUGGAAUGGUGGAAAGAAUUGACACAAUACCAGAUGAGCAAGCCGCCAUUGUCACCUUUCAUGAUCAAGAGGCCGUCAAGAAAAUUCUGAAGAAAAAACACCUUAUUCGGAAAACUCCAGUUGAUAUAUAUCCAUAUUACCCUUCAUUGUGUUCCGCGCUGUACGGCAAAGACAGACCAACAUGGACCCUUCCCAAAUCAUUUACAGUUAAGAUCCUUCCUGCCAUCAGAGAAUUCCUCCAGAAGAAGGGACAAAUCUCCUCCAUCUGUAAUCAGAUGAGCUCACACUUCUGCCAAGUAAACAUGGACAAUGAUGACGUCCUGUUCAGUCCUCUUCCUGCCCUGCUCAGACAAAAGGGUAUAACCAAAAAGCACAUAGACAACUGGAAGCAAGACACCAUAGAUGCUUUCAAAAACAUCCUCUCCGGCUUUGGUGUUUUUGAGUAUGCGGUGAUCCCUUCAGUAUGGACUGCAGUAGAGAAAGACAUCCGGUCAGUUGUAAAAGAAAAUGCUGUGCUAAUGAUGGAUGCCUCAACAGGAUGCCUGACUCUGGCAGGAAUGACUAAAGAUAUUAACAUGUUGAAACCGAAAUUAGAGAACUUUCUAAAGGAAGCAUCACUUCAGAUGGAAAAAGAAGGGAAGGGACAGUUAACACUUGACAAGGCCAUAUGCGUCGAGUCAUGUGCUGUGGUGAAAUUCAUAAAAGAGAAGAUGGCACCAUUUUGGCAGAAAUUUCUAAAAAGGGAUCAAGUAAAAAUACAUUUUGACCCCAAAAGGCCAUUGAUUCGAGUGUCUGGAGAGCGUAUUCAUGUUCAGCCUGCACUAAAUUCUUUUCAGAAAAUUGCAAGAAGUCUCCACACUGAUAGAUUAACAAUUAGAAAAGCAGGAGCCAAAAAGUAUUUUGAGGAACAGGAAGCCAUGGUCAUGAUGAUGAUAAAGGAACAAAGAUUUGUGGUUGUGCUUGAGGAUGCUUCUAUGGAGGAAGAGGAUGAGGACAGUUACAAUGAGGAGAGUGAUGAUGAAGUUAGAGCGGAAGAUUUUGGACAGCUUUUCUGUGAGGUUCAGGCUCCUGGUGGGUUUGUCAUCAAAGUCCUAAAGGCUGAUAUCUGCCAAUUUAAAGUAGAUGCUGUGGUCAGUGCUGCCAACGAGGACUUGAAGCACAAUGGUGGUUUAGCAUUAGCACUUCUGAAUGCUGCAGGUCCAUCUUUACAACAAAGCAGUGAUCAGUAUGUAGCUAAACAUGGGAAACUGCUACCUGGGAAUGCUAUUACUACAGAAGCAGGCCACCUGCCAUGCAAAUAUGUAGUGCAUGCUGUAGGUCCCCGCUAUUACAGUACUGACAAGUUUACCGCUGUGAAGAAACUCAGACAGGCUGUGAGGGAAAGUCUGAACCAAGCUGAAUUUAAGAGGUGCUCCUCUAUUGCUGUUCCCGCUAUCAGCUCAGGGACAUUCGGCUUUCCCCUUGACCUCUGCACUGAGACGAUUGCUCAGGAGCUACAUGUAUACGUUGAAGACCAAACACGCAAAGGUGGCAGGAACACACUGAAAGAGAUCCACCUGGUGGACAAUAAUCCCACAACUGCCAAUGCCAUGGCUCAGGCUGUUAAAAAGGAGUUUACAGACUUCAAACCCAGAAUGACAUUUCCACAGCAAAUGGGCCGUGGCAGUGGUCACUGUACUCAUGGUCACCACGAUCAGAAUUAUCGUGGUCACGGAAACCGAGGUCAGGGAUAUCGUGGACAAGGUGCUUGUGGACAUCGAGACAUUCGGGCAAGAGGUAAUGAUUCACGAAUGUACAGGGCAAAAGAUUCUGAGGAUUUUGAGACACAAAGACGGCCAUACUCAAACCCACGAUUGAGAACCCAAUUUGAGGACAAGGCCAGGUCAGGGUCAGGGUUUCUUGAAGCUCAGUCCACAAAAGAAGGACUGAAAAUCAUACUAAGGAAGGGGAAUAUCCAGGAUGCACGUUCUGCUGUAAUUGUCAAUACCGUCUCAGAAGACCUGGACCUCAGUAAAGGUGCCGUCUCCAAAGCACUACUCAGCGCUGCUGGUCCUCAACUCCAGGCUGAAACUUAUUCUCAUCUGAAAGCAUUUCGGACUCCCAGUCCGAAUCAUGGAGACAUAGUGGCCACUAAUGGCUAUAACUUAAAUUGUCUAAAGGUCUUCCAUACAGUUUGUCCAUUUUGGAGUGGAGGGCAUAGAUCAGAAGAUGAGAUUCUCAAAGGAAUCAUUCAAAAGUGCCUGAUAAAAGCCGAGAACCAGAAAAUGGUUUCGAUUUCAUUUCCAGCCAUCGGCACGGGGAACCUUGGCUUUCCCAGAGAUGUUGUGUCCAGAAUUUUCCUAAGUGAGAUUCGUGCCUUUAGUGCCAGAGUUUCUCCUCAGUACCUUAAUGAGGUGACCGUAAUUGUGCAUCCGUCAGACAGCGAGACUGUCCAGUGCUUUGUAAAGAGCUUCAGAGGUGAAUGGCAGGGUUCCACCAUGAAAGGAGCACAUGUUGUUUGGCAAUCAGUAGCUAAAAAAACACUUCCUGUUCGAUCACCACAGUCUGCUGCGAAAAAGCACAAGCAUCUGCAAAAGAAGAAUUUGUGUUUCUGGGUGAGGAGUUCGAGCCUGUCGUGUUUCAGCUGUGUGGAGAGAGUGAGGAGGACCUGAACAAGGCGAGAAACCUCAUCACCAGCUUCAUUGUGAAGGAGCACGUAAGCUCAAAAAUCGAGGACUCGGCCAUCAGCUAUUUCAGCCAGGAGGAGGCUGAUGUGCUGAGCAAACUGCAGAGGGAGCUCACGGUCAGCAUCCAACUCUCAAAGAGCGGCCCUGAGCCGGCAUUCACUGUGGAGGGCCUGACACGAGACGUAGUAAAGGCUGAGAGCCAAAUCCGUGACAUGAUCCGUAAAGUGGAGAAGAACAUGACACGCUAACGUGAAGCCUUUAUACUGAGCAGUCAAGUAGAGUGGCAGUAUCAGGACCACAGUGGGAACUUAGUGCCUUUUGAUAUUUUCACUAACUACGACCUGGAGCAGGCUUUUGUACUGAAACAGCCUCUUGUAAAGAUCAACAUCAAUAAUGACCCAUAUGAUGCCAGUGUAGCCUAUGGGACGGCUAAGGGGAAACAUGGACAGAUUGAACUGAAGAGGACUGAUCUGAAACGUAAGACAUGACACCAGAAAUCAUCAUAAUGGAGAGUUUUAUGAACCAAACUACUAGAUAUAGUAAUUUCAGAUUGUAUAUUACUGUAUGUUAAUUUCUUUUAAAGGAAUUGUUUCAUUAUUUUCACUUGAUCUUGUUUUUAAACCGAUUUGUACUAAUUAGUUUUGCUUUUUUUGUAAGAACAAACUCCUGUUUCUACUUUCACAAAUUUGUGGGGAUUUGUGCAUUCAAAAUGAAUAAACAAGCACUCAUAAAGCCAGGGCAUAAUUAGAAAUACAAAGGAAUUGAUUCCAGUUUCUUUUUUUUCUCUUUAAAUUUAGUACAGUGCAAUGUGUAUAAUUUCAGAACCAUAUAACUGGGGUAUCCUCAUUCAGAUACAGUUCAGAAUAGAAGCCUUUUAGAAAGUAAGACCUGUCACAUAUUCAAAGAUCUAGUGAAGGACCCUUUUCCUAAGCCAGCGGUAAUGCUCACUAACUGUCUUAUGUGGUUGAAGUUCUUCCACUCCAAUCUUAACACAAUGUCUUCAUGGAUCUAAUUUUUACACUGUACAUGUUAAAGUAACAUCUACAUUAAUGCCAGGACCCAAGGUUUCCCAAUAGAACAUUGCCCAGAACAUCACACUGCCUCUGCCUAAUUGCAUCCUGGUGGCAUCCAUAGUGCAUCCUGGCGCCAUCUCUUCCUCAGGAGCUUUCGGCAGUGGAAAGGGGUUUGCAUGAGCCCUCUGACCAGUUUGCAGCUACGCAGUCCCAUACGCAGUGAUGCACUGUGUGUUCUGACUCCUUUCUGUCAGAGCCUGCAUGAACUUUAUCAGCUAUUUGUACUACAACAGCUCUUCUGUGGGAACGGACCAGACAGGCUAGCCUUCACUCAUCACGCGCAUCAGUAAACCUUGUGAGCCCAUGACCCUGUCUCCGGUUAACCGGCUAUCCUUCCUUGGACCACUUUUUUUUUUGGUGGAUACUAACCACUGCAUACCGGGAACACCCUACAAGACCUGCCAUUAUGGAGCUGCUCUGACCAAGUUGUCUAGCCAUCACAAUUUGGCCCUUGUCAAAGACACUCAGAAUGGGCAAUCCUUACACUUGCUCAUUUUUCCUGCUUCCAACGCAGCAACUUCAACAACUGACUGUUCACUUCCUGCCUAUUAUAUCUCACCUCUUGACAGGUUCCAUUGUAAUGACAUAAUCAAUGUAAUUCACCUGUUACCUGUCAAUGGUUUUAUGGUAUGGCUGAUCAGUGUGUAUGUGUGUGUAUAUAUAUUUAUACCUAAUUAAUCUCUGUUUUAUCCAUAUUGAAAUGUUUUAACCAUCGCCUAUCCUGUAUUCCCUCUCUGCAAUACUUCACCUCUCCACAAGAGGUCAGGAAACACAAACCCAAUGAGAUCACUGAACACUGGCUUUACUCAUUUUGCAGUCCUGACAUACUUCCUUUUUUUCCCUUUCAUACUGGGAGAGAUAUAAAAGUUAACAACUGUUCUAAUUCAAAUGCUUCUUUUGUUAAUUUAUCAUUAUGUCAUUAUGCAUGUGUCAUAAUGUUUACACACACACACACACACACACACACACACACACACACACACACACACACACACACACAGAUACUCAACACAAAAUGUUUGGGUACACAAUACACCUAAAUGAUGUCUGUACAGGGCAAAUAACGGGGUGGUUUGACCUUGACUUAAGACUUCAGGAGAACUCCU